UUCGGUGCCCAACACAAUUUCAUCUUAAACUACGAGGUUUUAUUCUUCGAUGUUUGUUUUGUUACCGGAGAAGGAGCAGCCGUCCAGUUCUGAUUUUUUUUUUCCUCUAUUUCGAAUGCGCUUAAAGCGCGCCUCGUCAGGCGAAUCAAGGCGUUCGCUUCGCUCUUACGAAGCGACGAUUUAGGGUUUUUAACCGUUGGACAAUGUUUCACAUUUUUCUAUAUAUUUUAACCUAAACCGCCGUCACUACCAUAUGCGAGAUUCAUCUUCUUCUUCUUCCCCCCUGUUUCAGAUUGGUAGCAACUAGCAACAGAUUCUAGAUCAGUUCUUGCUCCCCCCCCCCCCCCCCCCAACAAAUAUUUAUAAAUGGCUUCCGAAGGUGAUUCGUCAUCCACGACAUCAAUAGAAAGUGAUGAUCCCGGAUGGUUGUAUAAUAAUUUGGAGGAAGAUGAUGGUAUCACUUGCUUAUUCUGCUACAAAGUGACCAGAAAAGGGAUCCAUGGAGCAAAACUGCAUCAAAUUAAAGCAUGUUCUUUCUGUCCCGAAGACGUUAAAGACAAGCUCAACGUGUUAGUAAAAAAACACAAGUCAAAGAAGAUUGUUGUUGCUGAAGAUGGUGUAGCGAAGAUACCGAAGAUUGAAAAGAAGAGGAGUGGGGUGUAUAUUGGGGGACAAGAGAAAAGGUUAAAGUCGAAUGCCAACGGUCCGCAUAGUAACCUAGAAGCAACAAGUUUGAAACAAACAAACAUGAACGAUGCUUGUGAAAACGAGCUUCGAGCAAGAACCGUUCAAGCAAUUGCUCGGUUUUUUUGCGAAGCAGGCGUUGCGUUCAAUGUUGCUCGGUUAGAUUGUUUUAACGAGAUGAUUGAGCUUAUUGGAAACUACGGGCCAAAUCUCAAGCCUCCGAGUUAUCAUGAAUUAAGAGGUCCGCUUCUUAAGAACGAGGUAGACAACGUAAAGAAGUGGAUUAAAGUGCAUGAAGACGAGUGGUCAAAAUACGGGUGUUCAAUAAUGUUGGAUGGUUGGGCGGAUAGAGAGCAAAGAACAUCGAUCAACAUCUUGGUCAAUAGUUUCAUGGGGACUGUGUUUAUGGAGUCGGUUGAUGCGUCGUCUUAUACCGAGUCCGUGUCGGAGAUGUGUCGUUUACUUGAUCGCUUUGUGGAGCGAAUUGGGGAAGCUAAUGUUGUUCAAGUUAUCACAGAUAGUGGAAGCAAUUCUGUACUAGCGGGCAAAAUGUUGAUGGAAACUAGGCCAAACUUGUUUUGGACUCCAUGUGCCACUCAUUGCAUAGAUCUAAUGCUUGAGGAUAUCGGGAACCUUGCUAAAGUCAAAAAAACCAUUAAAAGAGGAAUAUUUCUUGUUGGUUAUAUCUACAACCGUUGUGGCGUUUUGAAUAUGAUGAGAGAGUUCACGAAUAACAAAGAGUUGACAAGAAACGGGAUUACACGCUUUGUAACGACCUAUCUUUCUUUACAAAGCUUGUACAAGCAAAAGGGGAGUUUGGAGAGGAUGUUCAUAAGUGAAAAAUGGAGAUUAAGCGUAUGGGCCAAAGAAGCCAAAGGAAAAACCGCUAAGAAACUUGUUUACACACUUCCGUUUUGGAACAAUGUGGUUUGGACUCUUAAAGUUACGGGUCCUUUAGUUCGAGCAUUACGACUUGUUAAAAACGAGAAAAAACCCGCAAUGGGUUAUAUUUAUAAAGCUAUGGAUACCGCAAAAGAAGCAAUUCGAUCCGCUUUCGAUAAGGAAAAUGAUUGUAAGGUGGUGUAUGAUAUAAUCGACAAAAGAUGGGAUUGUCAACGCCAUCAUCCGUUGCAUGUAGCGGGUUACUACUUUAACCCGGAGUUCUAUUGCACAAACCCAGAUAUCGAGAAAGACAGUGCGGUUAUGAAAGGGUUAACUGCGUGCGUUCAAAAGCUUGUCCCUAGUAAUGCCGAACAAGAUCUGAUCAUGACGGAGUUGAUAAAGUGGGUGAACCAAGCGGGACAUUUCGGUAAUGAUCUUGCGAUUAGAGCGCGUGACAAAAUAGCUCCCGCUGACUGGUGGAAAUUAUAUGGGAAAGAAACUCCAAAUCUGCAAAAAUUUGCUGUCAAGGUGCUUAGUUUGGCGUGUAGUUCGUCGUGUUGUGAAAGAAACUGGGGCUCGUUUGAGCAUAUCAAUUCCAAGAAAAUGAACCAGUUGGAGCACAAGAAGCUGCAAAACCUUGUGUUUGUCAAAUAUAACCGAACAUUUAAGAAUCGUUAUGAUAAAGAUGUUUAUGAUUCUAUAUAUUUGAAGGGCGCUGAUUAUAGUAACGAGUGGUUGACUGGAAAAAUGGAAGAAAAUCGUGUUCUAGAAAAUGAGGACUUAACACGAGUCGAUGUAGCAAAUGCAAUCUUGGAAGAUGAACAAGUUUCUUAUGAAAGUGACAUUGAUGAUGAAACUUUGGUUGAUUGGUUUGGCGAUUUUGACGAUGACGUUGAGGACUACAUCGACGAAGUCGACUUUUGAACUUUUGGUAUUAACGUGAUGCUUUAGUUGCUAAUUUUGAUAGUUCCAUAAUUAUAUUUAGGGGUAACUUCGUAGAAAUGUAACCAACUUUGACAAGUGUUCCAAUUAAGUCAUUGAAACUUUUUUUGUCUCUAUAAAAUAACUCAAGUUUCAUUUGA